AUGAAGCCCUCAACCCUCCUCUGCCUCUCAGCUCUCAGCGCAGGCGCUAUAUCCCACCUCAUCCUUGCCCGAGACGAUCUCCCAACAACAGGCACAUGGAUCAGCCACCACAACGACGGCAACUGCACCGACAGCCCCUUAACCGACAAGAGCCACAAGCCCAAAAUCAUGGACGGCGACUGCACGAACUGGGAGCCCCGAGGCACAGGAAUGGGCAUCAACUACGCCGAGGACCCAAACAACCCCCUUCACGGAUUCAAAUUCUUCAGCGAGCCGAACUGUCAAGGCGACCUGCUCGGGACGCCAUGGGGAGUAGGGGGUCCCGAGGGUGCAGCGCCAGGGCGAAGAGCCAGGAAAGGAACGCCGCCGCCGCCGCCGCCGCCGCCGCCGAAGGUCGAAGGGACGUUUCGAGGGUUUUGCGCUGGCAAAGCAGCCGUGGAUGGGUUCCCUAAGCCGAUCAAAAGCGUUCACGCUCUAAGCGUCGAGGAGACCCUCCAUAAGGAGGGGUUGAAGAACAUGUUAUGCAAUGCGACGGUGUGUUACAGCAUUGAUCAUGAUCAUUAG